AUGUCUCCCCCCAGUCCUGAGGAUAUCCCCCAGGAGCCAGAGCCCUCGAGUGACAAGAAGAAAAGAAAGUGGCUACAGCAAGAGCCCAUUAUCCAGGCCCUCACCAGAGCUGGCCACCAGGCUCUGCAAGCUGGUCAGAACCACGAGGCCUUGAGCAACUUCCAGAAGGCUUUCCUCCUGGCCUGUGAGGCCCCACGAACCAGAAACACCCCUGUGCUUCGGGCCUGUGCCUUCAACCUGGGGGCUGCCUAUGUGGAGACUGGGGACCCRGCCAGAGGCCUUGAGCUGCUCCUUGGAGCCCAACCUGAGGAGAAGGCACAGGGCACGUGUCAUGGUGACCAGUGUUUCAACGUGGCUUUGGCUUACCAUGCCCUGGGUGACCUCCCCCAAGCCUUGAACUGGUACCACAAGGCCCUGAGUCAUUACCAGCCACAGGGUGACCAGGGGGAAGCCCAAGCAAAGAUGGGAGCCUGCUACCAAGCCCUGGGACAGCCCGAGAGAGCAGCCCAGUGCCUGAAGGAAGCAAGCCAAGCCUACGCCGAAGCAGGCCAGCCUCGGGCUGCAGCCCUGGCACUGGGGGCUGCAGCGGGGUGUAUGCUCAAGAGUGGGCGGCACGGGGUGGGUGAGGUGGUGCAGGCACUGGAGGGGAGCCGGAGGCUGGCCAAGAGGAGCACCAAGCAGGGGCUGCUGGGACAGCUCUAUAACGAUCUAGGCCUGGGCUACUCCCAGCUCCAGCUGUUCCCUCUGGCCGUGGAGACCUUCCUCCAGGCCCUGUCCCUGUGCCAGAGGCCAGGAGAGCAGGCCACUGUGCUAAGGAACCUGGGGAUGGCCCACAAUGCCCUUGGCAACUAUCAGGAAGCCCGGCAGUUUCACCAGAAGGCUGCUGACCUCCAUGGCUCUUUGGGGCAGCGGUGGGAGCAGGGACGAAGCUUUGGCAGCCUGGCAUUUGCCCUGAGCCAGCUGGGGGACCACAGGGCCGCCAGGGACAACUAUCUGCAUGCCCUGCUGGCUGCCCAGGAUGCUGGGGACACGAAGGGGCAGUGGCAGGCCUACGAGGGUCUUGGGGCUGCUGCAGCCAGACUGGGACAAUAUGACCAGGCUUUGAAGUACUAUAAGGAAGCGCUGAUACAGUGUCAGAAGGAGCCAGAUUCUGUGCGGGAACGGCUGGUGGCCAAGCUGGCAGAUGCCAUGAAGACCCACUUGGCCCAGGUGGGGCUGGUCCAGGUUCACCCAUCGACCCCAGCACCAGGAAGACCCCAGGCUCCAGGCAGGGUCAGCCAAGUGGCAGGGACCUCAACCAGGGUACAAAGCAGUACAGCAGAUACCCAGCACAGAUGGGAAGAUAAAGAAUUGGAGGAGCGCCAGGAGGAGAAAGGAGAGGAGGGAUCGGUGAAUGUUCCCACGUCUGUGUCCCAGAAACUAGAGGGUCCAAGACCCAGGACCCAUCUUCCAUUUGGAGGUUUGGGUGCCCCUAGAGAGUACUCUGGUAUCCUGAUACCCAAUGGCUCCCAAGCCAAUAGGUCAGCCAGGCGGCCCAGGGAAGCCCUCCACAAGAACCCUCAGAGGAAAGUCACCCAGUCUGGCUUCUGCAUAAUCAUGUGA